AUGACCAACAAGGACGACGGCGAGGCGGCCGUCCUCACCGAGGGUCAUGACAAUGGAGUCCGGGAGGCGGCGUCGACCAGGGAAGACGAGGAGGAAGGCCGCAGCGACCGGGAGCAUGGGGAGUCAUUCUUCCAUUGCCUCGACCGCGUUGAGCCGUCCGGCGCUGUGCGCGCGAAGGACAUCGACUCCGACAUUUUCCUCUCCGACGACGGCGAGGAGGAUGGCCUCGGCGACGACGUCCGUGUCUCCUUCGCCACCGCUGUCGGUGACGGGCUCCAGGAGGAGCAGGCGGAGCUGGACGAGGAGGAGCUCGAGGAGGAGGAGGACGACGUGUCGAGGUACGACUACGAUAUGUGGAUGGCGGAGGACGACCCGGUGCCCAUCAAGGAGCGCCGCCGCCGGCUGCUCCAGGGGAUGGGUCUGAACAGCAGCAGAGACCUCCUCCGCAGCCGCAACGCCAGGACGAUGAUGAGGAACAAUGUUCCCUCCGACAUCCCGCGCGGCGCGUCCAGGCGGCAACCGCAUCCGCCGGGCACCGCACCGUCUGUGCCGGCCGUCAAGCGGCAGCACGGCGUCCUCCUGAAACGGUGCCGGUCCGACAACCGCCUCGCCGCUGGCGCAUUCAGAAAGCCGCCGCCGCUUCGCCGCGUGUACUCGGUGCCGCACUCUCUGCAGGGCUCGACCGUGCACAGGGCUCUCCACCCGGCCGCUCGCUGCCAGUCGCUGCCAGCGGCGUCCAAGGACGAAACAGGAGGAGGAGAAAACAGAAUAGGUAACGGCGACGACAUUGCCCACAGCCUGAGGGUCAACAACCUGGACGGAGGCAAGGAGAUGGUCGUGAGCGGCGGCGGCCAGUCGGCUGACGGCGAGGUCAACGGCGCCCGCACCGGAGCGCGGCUGAGCGUAGGCGAUCUGGAGCAGUACGUCGGCUGCCCUCCUCUGGUGAAGCAGCUGAUCCGGCGCAGCCAGAGCCAGCCGGUGCCGGCGAACAAGGACGGCGGGAAGCCGCCGACGAAGAUGAAGGCACGGUGGCUGAAGAACAUCAAGCUCGUCGCGACGGCCGCCGGGCUCCUCCACGAGAAGGACAGGGACAGGCCGUCGGUGCUGCCGUCCGCGGUGACCAUGUCCAAGUCCAAGUCGGCUCCGGCGUCGGCGUCGGCGGCGGACAGAGGCGCCGCUACACCGCCCCCGGUGCCGUCGUCGUCGUCCACCUCCGAGCGGCUCAAGGUGCAUCACUCCGGCAAGUCGAGCAAGGACCUGACGGGUCUGUACAUGCGGCAGGAGGUGCGCGCGCACGAGGGGUCGAUAUGGAGCAUCAAGUUCAGCACCGACGGCCGGUUCCUCGCCACCGGAGGCGAGGACCGCGUGGUGCGCGUCUGGCAGGUCAUUGACGCCGACGCCUCCACCUCGUCGCCUGAGCUGUCCGCAGCCAUGCUUCUUCCGCCGCUGGCACCCACCGACGGCGGGUCGCUGGCGUCGGCGCCGGGGCUGGCAGCGCAGCUGUCGAGGAAGGUCCGGCGCGGGAAGAGCGGCAAGCACGUCCUCCCGGAGCACGUGGUGGUGCCGGAUACCGUGUUCGCGCUGGCGGAGAAGCCGGAGUGCGUGUUCGAGGGGCACGUGGACGAUGUGCUGGACCUGUCGUGGUCGAGGCAGUCACCGAGGUUGUUGUCGUCGUCCAUGGACAAGACGGUGCGGCUGUGGGACGUGGAGGGGAAGUCGUGCCUCAAGGUGUUCGCGCACAGCGACUACGUGACGUGCAUCCAGUUCAACCCCGCCGACGACGGCUACUUCAUCAGCGGCUCGCUGGACUGCAAGGUGCGCAUCUGGAGCGUCGCCGACCGGCAGGUCGUCGACUGGAGCGACCUCACCGACAUGGUCACCGCCGCAUGCUACACCCCCGACGGCCAGGCUGCCAUCGUUGGAUCACACAAGGGGUGCUGCCGGUUCUACAAGACAAGAGAUUGCAAGCUGAACCAGGAGGCCCAGAUCGACAUGAGCAUAUCCAAGAAGCGCAAGUCGCAGGCCAAGAAGAUCACCGGAUUCCAGUUUGCGCCGGGGAACCCGUCGGAGAUCCUGGUGACGUCGGCGGACUCGCAGAUCCGGGUGUUCAACGGCAUCACGGUGCUCCAGAAGUUCAAAGGGUUCAAGAACACCAGCAGCCAGCUCUCGGCCACCUACUCCGGCGACGGCCGCUACGUGGUGUGCGCCAGCGAGGACUCGCACGUCUACGUCUGGAGGCGCGCGGGCGGCGGCAUCGACGGCGGGGCUCGAGGAGGGGGCAUCGGCGUCAAGGCCAAGACGUGGCUCACCAGCCGCUCCUACGAGUACUUCUUCUGCAGGGACGUGUCCGCCGCCGUGCCAUGGCCCGGGUCGCCCUCCACCUCUGCGACGACGGCGUCGGCAUCGGGGCGCGCUCCGGACGAGCGCCUGUCGUCCAGCGUCCACGGCGGCAGCAGAAGGUCGGACGACGACGCGCCGGGAGGCGGGGUGCCGCUGCCGCUGCGUCCCAAGUCCGGGCCGAUGACGUACAUGGGCGGGCAGUCGGAGACGCUGCGCAGGGGCGCGUCGUCGAAGGAGUGCGGCGGGAACGCUUGGGGAAUGGUGGUGGUGACGGCGAGCCUGGGCGGCGAGAUCAGGGUGUACCAGAACUUCGGGAUGCCGCUGGGGAUCAGAGGGCAGAGCAAUCGCUUCCACUAG